GUGCCGGCGCCGGAGCAGCCGGAGCUGUUCCUGAAGAAGCUGCAGCAGUGCUGCACCGUCUUUGACUUCAUGGACACGCUGUCGGACCUGAAGAUGAAGGAGUACAAGCGUUCCACGCUCAACGAGCUGGUGGACUACGUGACCGUCAGCCGGGGCUACCUGACGGAGCAGGCUUACCCCGAGGUCGUCAAAAUGGUGUCUCACAACAUUUUCCGGACUCUUCCGCCCAGCGACAGUAAUGAGUUUGACCCUGAGGAGGACGAGCCCACGCUCGAGGCGUCCUGGCCUCACCUACAGUUGAUAUACGAGUUCUUCAUUCGGUUCUUGGAGAGUCAGGAGUUCCAGCCCAGCAUUGCCAAAAAGUACAUAGACCAGAAGUUUGUCCUACAGCUCCUGGAGCUGUUUGACAGCGAGGAUCCCAGAGAGAGGGACUACCUGAAGACGGUCCUACAUAGAAUCUACGGCAAAUUCCUGGGGCUGAGGGCUUUUAUACGAAAACAGAUCAAUAAUAUUUUUCUACGGUUUGUUUAUGAGACGGAGCACUUCAACGGGGUGGCGGAGUUGCUGGAGAUCUUGGGGAGUAUAAUCAAUGGUUUUGCUCUGCCGCUGAAGGCAGAACAUAAACAGUUUCUGGUCAAAGUGUUGAUCCCCCUCCAUACUGUCAGGAGUCUGUCCCUCUUCCAUGCACAGUUGGCGUAUUGCAUUGUACAGUUCUUAGAGAAAGACCCAACAUUAACAGAACCAGUCAUCAGAGGCUUACUGAAGUUCUGGCCAAAAACCUGCAGUCAAAAAGAGGUGAUGUUUUUAGGAGAGCUGGAGGAGAUCCUGGACGUUAUUGAACCCACACAGUUCGUUAAGAUCCAGGAGCCACUUUUCAAACAGAUCUCCAGAUGUGUUUCCAGCCCACAUUUCCAGGUGGCGGAGCGAGCUCUGUACUACUGGAACAACGAGUACAUCAUGAGUCUGAUCGAGGAGAACUCCAGCGUCGUCCUGCCCAUCAUGUUCGCCAGCCUCUACAGGAUCUCCAAAGAGCACUGGAACCCAGCCAUCGUGGCGCUUGUCUACAACGUCCUGAAGGCCUUCAUGGAGAUGAACAGUACCUUAUUUGAUGAACUCACAGCCACCUACAAGUCGGACCGCCAGCGUGAGAAGAAGAAGGAGAAGGAGCGGGAGGAGCUGUGGAAGAAGCUGGAGGACCUGGAGCUGAAGCGGGGCCUUAGGAGCGACGGGAUCAUACCAACUUAACGAUGACAGCACCGCGCUCCCCUCUGACCCCGCCCCUUUCCUCUCCCUCACAUCAGCCAUGUCUGCCCAGAGCUCUUGAACCGGGCCAUCGCCUCCGGGUCGACGCAGAGAGUCCGCUGGUUUCUUAAACCUUUUUGUUUUAUGCUUUUUUUUUUUUUUUUUUCUGUGUUUGUGCAUUUUACUUUUCAGUAGAUUCAUCACGUCUGUUUCCAUUAUUUCAACAGCACUGUAAAUACUUGUUUCUUUCUUUCCCUUAAACUGAUAUUAUUGCAAACAGAUAAAUGAAACAAUAAUAAUAAUAAUAAAAAAGAAGAAAAAAUAGAAAAUGAGAAAAUGACUUGUUUGGGACGGGGAUUUAAACAAAAGACAAAACAAGCCUUUCUGAGCCGUAGGACACGAAGAGAAAAACAAAGAGAGGACGGACUGAAUGAACUCUUCAUCUCACUCCUCUUCAGAACCACCCCGAACUUCUGCUCAUGUUGGUUUCCUCUCGUCCUUUUCGAGUCUGCCGGAUCUACUUCCUGUUUCAACAGGAAGUCAUUGGGUGUGUUUACAUGCGCGCUCAUGAGAAAUGUUCAGUUUGCUCAUUUCUUUAUUCUCACAGUCCAGUUUGAUUUCAGUCGUUUCUUUGAGCUGCUUCUCAAACAACAGAAAUAAACGUUUGAGUUUUUCUGCACCGUUUAUUAAACUAAGAGGAAAACCAGAGGAGGGAACGUCACUUCCUGUCAGAGCUUUAACGUGUUGAACAAACUGAACUCGGGCAGCUUGUGGCUGCAGUUAAAGCUUUAAAAACCGUUCAGAACUUCUCUGAAGUCUGAAUGUCAGCGGACCGACACCGCCAGAGAUGGAACCGUUAAAGUUUUUAAAUGUUCGUCCAGAACUUGUUCUUUAUGACACGUUUUUGUGUACAAGAAACACAUUUAUUCAGGAACCCGGAGUGGGUUACAGCCCCCCCCCCCCCCCCCCCACACACACACAGGAUGGUCCUACAUGUUUCUAAGCCCCGCCCCCUCCAUGUGAACAAACAGGUCGUUAUUGUUACAAAAUUGAAAUGUACAUCAGUUUGUUCUCUUGCUGCUGUUUCUGACACAAAGGUCAUGUGACACCAUGAUUGUAGGCGGGGCUUAAAGCCUCACAUCAUCACUGCACAGACACUGGUUCCAAAAGAACGACGUGGCCACUUCUGUAAAGUUCCUGUGGCCAGAGCAUACUGUCAUUUUGGAAUCGGAGGCUGUGCGCUAAUGAUGCACAGACUUAAGCCCCGCCUACAAUCGUGGUGUCCCAUGAGAUGUGUUAAAAAAAAAAAAAAAAAA